AUGGCAGCAAAAUUUUCUAUGUUUCAACGUUUUAUUAGAAUUCUUGCAAUUUUUCUUUUCGUAGAAGCAUACCAUUGUCACAAGGAUAAUGCGUAUCUUAAUAAGUCAGCUUAUAAUGUAAAUAUAUUCGAUAAUCCAUUUAACUUAAAGGAAAAUAAGUUAUUAUCAAUAUCUGAAGCAAAAUGUCAUUCAACAAAUGAUUACAUAGAAAAUAGACAAACGAGUGAAGAGGAUGUGCCAAAAUUAAUGAUAAAUAAACUCUUCAAAAAAAAGAGCACCUUAAAAAAACUGGAUAAGCACUGCGAAAAAAAAUUAUUCAAGGCGUUUAGCGAAAUACACAACACUAUGCAAGAUCAUGACAUGCCUUUAAACAAAUCUCUUAAAAAAAUUUUAAAAACAGUUUUUUUUAUAUUGACUACACCUAUGAUUACAUAUUUGGUGGGAUGUUUUUUCUUAUUAAAGGGAUUAGAAUGGAAAAUAAAUUUAAUUAAUAUUUACUUUUUUUUUUGUGCUUUAUCUAUAUGUAUCCUUAUAUAUAUUUUCGUAAAACUUUUAAAGCGCGACGUAGUAAAAAAAGGGAGAUUUAGACCAAGAUUUCAUGAUUACUUUUACUCUUUAAAAAAUAUAUAUAAAUAUAAUUAG